AUGCCGCUGCCGAUCCACGCGGCCACUACGCCGGAGCCCCCCUUGCCGCAACGCCCUCUCGCCUCUGCGCCAAUCCCGGUGAAUGCCGCCCCGUCGCCGUCGCUGGAUCGCCUCCUCGUCCUCCUCCCCACCGACUUCGCCGGCGUCGCCACGCCCCGCCCCGCGUCGGACGCCGCCGUCCUCUCCGUCGCCGGUGCCGCCUCGCCGGACCUCCCCGACUCCUCGAGCUCGAUUUGCUCAACUACAGGGCUCGGUGAGCCCCGUCCUCCCCUCCUGCUCUUUCCCCGUUCGGUCACCGCAGCCACUACCGUCGCCCGCGCGCCCGACGCCGUGCUCCCCGCGCCCGUCCUCCCGACCGCGCGCCCACGCGCCGGCCUUGCUGGCCUCGCCUACUGUCACCACCCACACCACUCGCCCACUGUCGCCGCCCGCGUUCUGCCUCGGCUCCUCGUCGCCCGCUAG